UGACAGCUACAGGAAGUGGGAGCAGAGGAAGAGGAGGAGGAGGAGUCUGUUUGUUGACAUCGGGACGAAAGCGAAAAUCAGAUGAGAGAGGACUGAAAACACUUUAAUUAACCCGUCAUCAGGACACGAAGCUCAGGUCCGCUGCACUGCCCGUCUUCAAUCUGAGCCAGGGAAGAAGGGGCGAACAUGGCAGCCAAAGCAGGAGACAACCCGGACAGCCUCAUGACUCUGGCUACAGUCUUCUGCCUCAGGAAUCUACGGAAGACCAUGUGCUACCAAGGAUUCAGGAACAAGCUCUGCAUGCGCUCGGACAUCUUCCUCCCGAGUGAAAUCUGCGACAAACUUGUCAACACAUAUAUGGAGUUGGUCCACACAGACAGUAACUUUGAACCACGGGAGAUCUUCUUCCAGCUGUUCUCGGACCCUCGGAGCACCAGACUGACCCGAGUGCAGCUGAGAGAAAACUUUGUACUGGACAGAGAUCUAGAAGCUAUACGGAAGCAGGACCUGAUUGAGCUCCACCUCACCUACUGCAACAAUCUAUCGUCUCGCAGCCUGAAAACACUCACCAGCUUCCGUGAGACGUUGGUUUCGCUCAGUCUGUUCGGCUGCAACAACAUCUUCCACAGGAAGGGAGCCCCGCUCGCCUGCACCGAAGACACAGAGGACGAAGACGAGGACGAUGAGAUCCCUGCUUCUCCGCAGACCUUGGAGACAGACUUUAGCUUCCAGGGAUUUAACCGCCUCAGGCUGCUCAACCUGGGCGGCCUACAUGAAGACGUGGAAGCUGAGAACCUGCUCAAACCCCUGAGGUCCAUCACCUCUUUGGAUCUGUCGAAUGUACAUUUACACGGAACAGCUUUUCUCACUCAGUGGAGGGACAGACUGGCCUCUCUUGUUCUCUACAAUGUGGACCAGUCAGAGGAACUGGUCAGUACAGUGUUGGAGCUGGUUAACCUCAGACAUCUGGAUAUUUCCCGGGAGAGCAGACGGAAUACGAAGUUUAAGAUGACCAGGAAGAUCCUGACCGUCAUCGUUCAGCGUCUGGUCAAUCUGGUCUCCCUGGACAUCUCGGGUCACAUAAUGCUGGACAACUGCACGGUGCCCCACUUUGAGGAAGCUAUGGGCCGUCCCAGUUCUGAACCCUGUAAAAGCAGCAUCUACCCGUUCCAGGAGCUGAAGAGGCCGCUCCAGUUUCUGGGCCUGUAUGACACCACCCUGUGCAAUGUGACCCACAUCCCUGCAUAUAAGGUAACCGGAUCAAAAAACGAGGACCAGGUUCUGAAUGCCAUAGAAGCGUACACAGAGUUUCGUCCGGAGCUCGCCCACAGAGCCAUCAACCAGCUGUUUGACAUCGCCCGGAUACAACACUGCAGCCAGCUGCUGCGAGCCCUACAGCUCGUCAUCGCAGCUCUGAAGUGCCAUAAGUAUGAUAAGAGCAUCCAGGUGACGGGCAGCGCGGCUCUGUUCUACCUGACCAACACGGAAUACCGCAGCGACCAGAGCGUGCGGUUACGCCGGGAGGUCAUUCAGGUGGUGUUGAACGGGAUGGAGCAGUACCAGGAGGUCACUGUCCAGAGAAACUGCUGCUUGACUCUGUGCAACUUCAGUAUUCCAGAAGAGCUGGAGUUCCAGUACAGCCGGGUCAACCAGCUGCUCCUGAAAAUCCUGGAGCCCGCCCGGCAGGACGAGUCCAUCCAGAGGAUCGCCGUUCACCUCUGCAACGCUUUGGUCUGCCAGGUGGACAACCACCACAAGGAGGCUGUGGGGAAGAUGGGAUUCGUCAAGACCAUGCUGAAUUUAAUUCAGAAGAAGCUUCAGGAUCGAACGUGUGACCAGGUCAUGGAGUUCUCCUGGAGCGCCCUCUGGAACAUCACCGACGAGACACCUGACAACUGUCAGAUGUUCCUCACCUGUCGUGGGAUGAGUCUCUUCCUGGAGUGUCUGGAGGAGUUUCCAGAUAAGCAGGAGCUUCACCGCAACAUGCUGGGGCUUCUGGGAAAUGUUGCCGAGGUGAAAUCUCUGAGGCCACAGCUGCUCACGCCACAGUUCAUCACUGUGUUCAGUAACCUGCUGGAGAGCAAAGCGGACGGGAUCGAGGUGUCGUACAACGCCUGUGGCGUCCUGUCACACAUCAUGUUCGACGGUCCUGAGGUUUGGACGAUGGACGAGCCGAGAAGAGACGCCGUGAUGGACAGAAUGUGGGAGGCCAUCCAGAGCUGGGACGUCAGCUCACGCCGUAACAUCAACUACAGGUCAUUUGAGCCGAUCCUUCGCCUGCUUCCUCAAAGCAUCGCUCCCGUCAGUCAGCACUGGGCCACGUGGGCUCUCUACAACCUGGUGUCGGUUUACCCGAGUAAAUAUUGUCCGCUGCUGAUAAAGGAAGGUGGAGUUAGUCUUUUGGAGAAGGUUCUUGAACUGGAGAGUUCCCAACCAGAGACCAAGGACAUGGCGAGGAAAGUCAUGGAGCAGUGUGAGACCUUCAAAGAGGACCCGAUGGAGACGAAUAACGGACAGGAGGUAAACUACGGACAGAGAGGCUGACACCACUGGAACCAGAACUCCCAGUAAACACAUCUGAAGCUAACCAACCUGAGGAACCUCCUGCUGCCGUCAACACCAGGGUUAAUCGUGUGCAUUCUCUAAAUUUUUCCUCGUUUCGUAGAGCAGAACGUGUCCUGGACUAAACCUGAAUGUGUGACACAUCAUAGGAGCUACGAUGUUUAGUUGGGAGGGGGCUGCACAUCUCUUCAGCUGGGUUGGGGGACUGUUCUCUGUGUGUGUGUGUGUGUGUGUGUGUGUGUGUGUGUGUGUGUGUGUGUGUGUGUGUGUGUGUGUGUGUGUGUGUGGAGGAUUUAGCAACACAGAUACAUUGUUCUCAGAUGGGACGUCCCUUCUCUGUUAACACCUCUGGACUAUCCCAGACCGCCAUCGGAGGCCUCGGCUCGCGGCGGCCCGGCUCGUGAUCGACGAAUAUUAUCGGAUCUGCGGUCCAGCUGCUGGUGGCCCGGUGUCGGACUCGUUUGUUAAAUAUGUAAAUAUUCAGUGUGGGUCUCAUCCUUUUACUGUGUGGAUGUUUUAUAAUAAGGCUGUAAACACUCAUGACUUCAUUCUGUAUUUAAAUCUAACUGAUCUGCUGUCAGCGCUGAGAAUCAAAACAUGGCUACACCCAACAGUUCUGGAUCUGUCCCAGAUGAUCUUCUACCUGUCCCUCUUUUCUCCACCUUCCGCUGAUUAUGGAGGUAAAAACACCUGAAAUCAGAUAAAUUACCUAAAACCCAGGAGCCAGAUGAACAAAGGCACAAGGUGCCCAGUUUGUGUUGGAUUCAUACAUUUGCUCUGAUGUUUCAUGAAUUUCUGGAAUUGUGACAUUUAAAUCCGAUGAACUGGUCCGAUUUCCAUCUGAGCCAUCAGAGGAGGCAGAAAACUCAGAUGUACGCAGCAGCUGAGAGGAACCACAGAAGGUUCUCCUUAAGUAUUAAAGGAGGUUUUUUUAAUUUGUGUCUCAGAUCUCAAACAGAACAAAGACCGCAGAAUCGAAACCAUCAGUCCAACCAAUGAGGAGCAGCUUCCUCUCCAGCUAUGGGAGUAAUCAGAACCGCUGAGUGGACUGAAUGCUCAGAUCGCACAAAAUAAAUGAUUGGAAGUUCAGUGAAUCAAAACAGGCCAACGAAAUCUGUAAAAUGAAGGAAAAACGAAACAUUAUGAAGCAGAACACUGGACCAGACAUUCCGGGUCAAUCUUAACUUCUGUAUAUUUCACCAGGUCAGAACCAUCAUCACACUCUAAACUGAACAUUCUGUGGGAAAAUCUGUAAAAAUCCUGAAAUUUAAACUGAGAAAAACUGGAAAAUGAUAACUGGGUCAGGUAAGGUCCAACGUUCUGUGACCCGGUUAAACUCUGAACACUGGUUCUGCUGAGAAGGAUGGCUAGACUAUGUAGGUCCAAAUAAAGCUAAGUUUACUCACUUCUUCAGUUUGACUCGGAGAACAGCCGCUUUUUUGAAGCCUUCUCACUUGGAAAGAUGGCAGAAAUAUCGGAAUAAUCCAGAAUCUUUGGGAAUAAGAUGAAUCUGUAUGGAAAGAUGGAACCCAGUUUGUUGUUCAAUCUGAAAUAAUGUUUCUGAUGAAUAACCAUGAUCGUCAUUGUGUUUUCAGCUCAGGUUGUUGGAGCUCAGUGAUUUGUCUCCAUCUCGGUUCAGUUCUUAGAACUUUAUUUUAGAGUUUUAUUUUGAGUCGGGUUCUUCUCGGUUCCAUCCUCUAAAAUCUGCCAGGAUUUCCUCCAGGAUCAUUGAAGCAACCUUUCAUCUUGUUUUCUUCCCUCUGGGAGGAAAAUGUUGUAUUUCUGAUUAAUUCCCGUUGAGCAUCACUGAUGUUUUCAACCUGUUUCUGGUUCUGGCCAUGAUGGCUUUACUCUCUGACCUUCCUGGUUCUGAUGUGCAGUUUUUCUCUGAUUUACUCCAUUCUGACGGCUUCAUUUGAGUUUCGGUUCCUCCUCGCAGUCAUGAAUGUCUCAGCCGGGCUUCUUAUUGAUCCGAUUUCUGGUUUAGAACUCUGAUUAGGUGUUAAGAGCUCCCAUGAUCAAUCAUUUCUGUUCUAGAGACCUGUGCAGUAUUUGGACACAAAUUGUCUCCAGAAGAAGAUGAGGAGCAUUUUCACCCUCCUGUUCGUCUGAUUUGAAUGUUUUAGUUAGUUUUUGUUUGAAGCUGAACAGAAAACUCGACUGUUUUUGAUUAUUUAUGAAAAUAAAAACCUGCUCCAGUCUCAUUCAAACUUUUAUCUGAAGAUGUUUCUGUUAACAUUGAUUUCUUCUCUUACUGCUGAAGAGUUUCAUCUGAAAUGGAGUGAAGAGCAAACGGUUCCAUUCUGUUGAUCUCAGUAGCUUUAUGACUAUAAUGUAAAAAUAUGAAUAAGCAAUAAACAUGGAGUGGUUAAAUGA